AUGUAUUUUUUUUUUAAAAGAGAGCACUUGGUAAUUAUGUAGAAUGAUGGUUUACCCAUUAAUAGAAUUUCGGGAAAGUUGAUUUGUUUUUUGGUAUUAAUAGUUAUUCCUCUAAUGAAAUUUGUGAUUAUCUGGUAGCUGUUUAUUUUUAAGGAGUUGACCUGAAGUUGUAGAGGUGUGCUAAAACUGAAAAGGAGGGUUGUGAAUUUGGAGGUACAAGUACAGGAUGCAGUAACUCAGCAGAACGUGAUCCUCUGAGAAUGAAUGUUAUACAGCCAUCUCAUGAUAUAAAGGAAGAAGUGACUGCAUGCCCUGUUGAUGUCAAGGAAGAAAUUCCAGAAACCCUCAAUGAUGUAAAGCAAGACGUGACCGUAAAGCAGGGGAAAUAUGUGGAAAGCUUUCCGGUCUUCUCUUUCAGUAUCCCAGUGAAACAGCUGCUACAUGUCAGUGAUGAAUUUUCUUCCAGUGAUGCUGCAGAAGGAGAAGUUGGUGACAAAAAGCACCUUAAUGCAACUCCAAGUGACUGUAGUAUUUCCAGAGAACAUUCAUUACUGAUGGAAACAUAUGCAGGACUUCUGACUACUGACGUUAAGAAGGAAAAGGAAGAAAUGCCCAUUUGUAUGAAGGAGGAAGGGAAUGAACAGCGUGGAGAAUAUCCUCAAGUUGCAUCUAGCAGAAUUCGUGGCACUGUGUCUUUACCUGCCUGGAGUAAAGUUGCCAGAAAUAGGUCUGUUGGGGUAUUAAAGUCAGAGUUUGGUAUGAACAGCACAUCUGCAUCCUCGUCUGUUAAACUUACUAGGAUUAGAUCAUUCCUGAAGCCAAAGUCUGAACCAGGAGUCUCUUCUACUUUGUCUUUGUCAUCCAAUUGGGUUAAGCCUAGUAAGACUGAAUUGCCUGAAAACUCUAGCUCAGGGAAAGAAAUAUGCACCCCUUUACCAUCAUUGCUGUCUUCAUCAAAUGACCCAGCCAGGUAUGGAUCAUCUGAGAAGUCAAACUCAGAACCUGCCCCCAGGUUUGCAGAUUAUAUGAAGGAUCAGCUAUCGGAACUUAUUGCCCACCAGGAGAGCCUCAUAGGAGAGAUGAGUUUUAAAUGUACUACGUGUGAAAAGAGUUUUCCUGACCAGUUUACUUUUAUCAAACAUAAAUUUAGAGAACACCGACAAAUUCACAAAGCAGGGAGCUGUCAAACAACAGAGGUGCAGUAUAAAUCAGACCCCAAUGAGAAAUUGUUCACACGACUGAGUAGCCUCUCUUUCAAUAAGCAUUUGCUGCCUAAGCAAAACUUCAGCUCAAGUAAUGUGGAUAAUUCAGCACAGAAAAUGUUUGCAUGUUGUGUUUGUGCCGAAUGUUUUCCAGACAGAUCCGGUCUUAGCAAACAUCUGCUAACACACCCUGAUCUUGAGGAGAAACCGUAUAACUGUACUGAAUGUGACAAAAGUUUUCUAAAGAAGCAUUGUCUAUUAAAACAUGCAAGGGUGCAUGCUGAAGAAGACUUGGAGAAAUUAAAAACAGGCGACAGCCCUUUUCAGUGCUUCGAAUGUGGAAAAUGGUUCACAAGGAGAUCAAAAUUUAAUGUACAUAAAACCAUUCAUAUGGACAGUAUGCCUUACAAAUGUUUUAUUUGUGAAAAAGGUUUCAUAACAAGAACAGAAAUGAAGAAGCAUAAAUGGGUUCAUGUUAAAGAGAAACCUUAUAAAUGUGCUAAAUGUGGGAAGAGUUUUUCAGUCAGGUAUACAUUUAUAAAUCAUAAACGGAUGCAUUCAGGUGAGAAGACAGCUGCAUGUAGCAUAUGUGGGAAAAGUUAUGUAACAGUGAAAGGUUUAUUAAGUCAUCUCAGGAUUCAUGCUGGAAAAGCACCACACAGCUGCAGGAUUUGUGGGAAGUCGUUCCUGUUUAGGUCAUAUCUUGCUCAACAUAGAAAGGUUCAUAGAGGAGAAAAGCCAUUUAAAUGUACUGAGUGUGGCAAAAACUUUAGGGCAAAAUGUGCAUUAAAAAGUCAUGAAAAGGCACACAGUGGAGAAAUUACCCCAGCUGUGAAAUAUUUCAUAUGUACUGACUGUGGAAAGAGCUUCACAUCGUAUUGCAAACUGCUAAUCCAUAAAAAGAAACAUACAGGUGGCAUUAAUGGUGCAGAAAUUAGCACUUCUGGCUAACAUCAAAGACUGAAGCAAUACUAAUUUCAUGAACUUUAAUCAUACCCUGACUUAAGAAUUUGUCCAUUUCCAUCAUGGUAUUAAAAACUGAAAAAAUGUGGAGAAAUUAAACCAUGAGAAGCCGUUUGUUUGCUGCCUGUGAAAAAAGCUUGAGGCAGAACAGCUUCUCUUGUUACCUAUGCAUACGUAAAAGAGAGAGAAAUCUUAAAAAUGCACUGUGUACAAAUACAGUUUUAGCUCUAAAUCAUGUCUGACUCAGCACCACUCUGGAUGGUUACAGCUUAAUUUGCAGAAACCAGCCAUGUUUAAAGACCUCUCAUCUACUUUUUGUGGAUGAUUUCAAAUUGUGUAGUUCAUCAGAUGAUGAUAUGAAAGUACUAUUGCAAAUGGUUAACUCUUUCUAGAAUGACAUUUGUUUUGAUAAAUAUGCAUAAACAACAUUUAUGAAAGGAAAGCUGCAGCACCAAGAAAGUAUCAGCCUGGUACAGGAAUGUGAUAUAAAGGAGAUGAAGGGUUAGAAAUAAAACAUUAAAAAAUGAGAACAAAGCUUUGUUAGGCAUACUACAGAAGACUAAAGCUAAUAUACUGAAAAUUACCUUUAUAUCUAAGAAUAAAGUCAAAACUAUAAAUCAGUUUACUUGCUCUUCCUGUUCUAACUUACAGCUUUGGGUGUGACUGACUGGCCCAAACAGCAUUGAAUCAGUCGGACAAGAAAGCAAGAAAAAUGUUUCAGGCGUAUCAAAUGGUAUAUAAAGUGAGUGCACACCAAGAUUGUAUAUUCUUUGAUCUGAAGACAGUAUGGGCCACCUUGAAAUUGACUACAUUUAUAAGUUUGCACUUGUGGAGCUACUUAUAUAUUUGCUGACUUCAUCAGAUCCAAACGUAGAUUCUAAAGCAUGAAGAGAAGAAGUUUGAGGUGACACAUUUUGGAGAUGAGUGGGAAUAGAAAUCAAAUCAAAAUUAAAUGAGAAUCGAAUCACAAUUGAAAGUGCCAAAAAAUAAAAAGAAUUUAAAGAAAAAAAAUGAGAAGGAAAAAAAUGUCAAGCCCAUAAAUACAAUGAAAAGUAAAGAAAACUCUAGAACAACUACAUGUUGACCAAGAAUUGACAGAAAUGGUUGCGAAGAGAUGAAUUUAAGCCAAAAGAAGAAAGGCUAAUAAUGCAGACCCAAGCUAGUGGGCAAUGUACACACUGAUUCACAAAGCAGGUUGAACAUGUGGGGAAAACAACUGGAAACAGUUGCACAUGUCAUUGCCAGGUACUCAUGGCUGUGGAACUGUAUACUGAAAGGCACAGUGAUGUAGCAAGACUAUUGCACUGGGGAUUGGGCAAACAUUACAAUACAGAAGAAGAGAGAAGCAUUAAAUACAUGAAGUGCAAGUGUUAUUAACAGUGAUGAAGUUUGGAUCACAUGGGAUCACCCAGUACCAGUAGCUGAGAAAAUAAAUGUAAGUAAACCAGAUAUAAUAACCCAACAAAAAAUAAUCACUGAAACUGCUACACCUAUCAAUUAGUGUCUUGUGUACAGAGAAAGAUGGCCAAAAAAUUCCAGGAUUCACAAGCAGAAAUGAGAACAAUGUGGAAGAAAGAUAUCCAGUCAGUUCUAAUAGUAGUAGUAGGAGUAACAGGGCUGAUAAAAAAUAAUUUACAAUCGUACUUAAAUGUGUUACCAAUACAUGUAACGCCAUAUGAAUUACAGAAGGAAGCAAUUCUAGAUACAUUGUGGUGCAGAGAAGAGCACUCUUGGCUAACAUCAAAGAGUGAAACAAUACCAAUUUUGUGAACUCUAAUUUUACUCUGAGUUAGGAAUGAGGCCUAUUCCCAUCAUGGUAUUAGAAACCAAAAGCAUUUGGGGAAAUUAAGAGGGUUUCCUUUUAAAUGCAUCGAAUGUGGCAAGAGUUUCAAGUAUAAAUCAUGUUCCAUAGACAUUACUGAAGAAUUUAUAGUAAAGAGAAAAAGUGUUAACUUUUGUUGUUUUACAAAAUUUACACAUAGACUAAAACAGUGCAGAAUAGAACUUAAAAUUUAUUUAUAAAUUAAAUUCACAAAAGGAAGCAGAUAUAAGAAGUUUAUAUGGAUUACAAGCUUAUUAAACAUGGAGAAAGACUUGCCUGCUAGUAGCGAAUUACAUCUUUCUGCAAAAGUGAUUUGUGAUAAUUUUUGUUUGUAUAAACUAAUAUUAAAUGAAGAGCUUGGGCAAAUAUGAGAAAUCAUUUCAGCAAUGUAAAAAUGAUGAAGUUGGAAUAAAAUGAUAAGAGAUUCCAUUAACUGGAAAAAUGUA